AUGAGGGCACCUGGAUGUUCGUCGAUUGGACUUUGGACCCUAUUUGUUAUUUGUGGACUUUUUGUUAUUGCCUAUGCAAACAUUGAUAACGACGACGAUGAAUGGAAUUAUGAUCCAACAACAAAACGCAUAAGAAAACCCACAGAGUCAACAAGUAACACAAAUCUGCCAAUCAAGGGAAAAGAGUUUUGCUCAGACUCCUGUGAACCGCCAAAGUGUCCCGAUGUCUCUGACUGCAUGAAUAAACUAAAUGUUUUGCAGAAAGAUGCUGAUGAACACAAGAAGAAGGUGGUCACCACCUUCCAACAGCCAACAUGUCUUCCAGUGUUCAGGCGUUUCCUUUCCAAGCUUCUUAAAGAAUCUGCUAAACUUGGUCUGCCUGAUGAUGCAAACAAACUGAUGCAUUACAAUGCCGUGGUUAAACUGUCCAAGCAGUCGGUGUCAGAAAUCAAUAAGCUUUUAAGAGAAGACAAUGAUUGGACUACUGGAGCCAUGGAUGAGGCUCUCAGUCAAAUUCUGGUGGAAUUUAAACACCAUGACCCUGAAGCCUGGAAGUGGCAAUUUGAAGACACUUUUUAUGUGGAGUUGGAUACUGUCUUGAAGGUUUUAUUGUGUGUUCUUAUAAUCAAUGCUGUCAUCUGCACUGAAGUAUGGUCUGUGGUGUCGUGGUUCAUCCAGAUCAGAAGAAUGUUUGUCAUAUGCUUCUUUAUUAGUUUGAUCUGGAUCUGGCUCCAUCAUAUGCUUGUUUUUGCUGAGCACCAGAAGAACGUUGUGCAGAUGGAAAGCGUCAAUGCAAAAUGUACCGGAGUGAAACAGACAGACUGGAAGGAGAGUUUGACAGAGUGGUUUAGACAUAAAUGGACACCUCCAGAUCAUCUGUAUGAAAUGAACGUUGUGCUCAUGCAGAGUGACGCAGCAGCCAGCUUAUCAUCCAGUACAACGAUCCUUAGCGUGCAAGACAUCAUUGAAUUUCUGAGAGCUUUGCUGACACAUCUGCCGUUACUUAUCCAGAUAGCUGUGCUUCUUGUGAUUGCAGGAGCCAUCUUUGUAAGAGUCGAUGGAAAUGUAUUAAAUAUAUUUAUUUUAGGGUAUUUUAGAAUAAACAGCAUACUGUACUUAAGCAAUCACACCCUUGCUUUCUUCAGGUCUUCAUGUAUGUAAGUCCUCAUGCAGCUAUACAACAUGCAAUCCCUUGGCCCCGACUUGGUGAAUGCCGAGACCCCUGCCACCUGGAGUAGAGCAAUGUCAUGCCCCCAGACUAAGGGAGAAUGAAUAUUGGGUUGAAGGCGAUGCCCCACAGCCAUUACAAGAUUCCCACCACAACAAUAUAAAUCAUGUCAGGAACCAGGAUAACCAUGGCUUUGGGGCAGGAGAUGCCAAUGCUAAUGCCCCACAGCCUAACCAGGAGGGCAUCAGGACCCCUCAGCCAAGAGAUAGAAAAGACAGCAUGGACAUUGAACCAAAUUUUAUUGACCUGCCUGUAGAUGUUCAGACGGUACGAUUCGAAACCCUGCAGUCUACGGUUAGUAUGUCUAGCCAGGAUAAAGCUGAUUGUCAGCAGUGUACGCAGGAUCAGGACCCUGGCAUAGAGAGAGGUGGAGAACCUGAAGCAGAGGACAUUCAAAAAGAAAAGGAAAAAGAGAAGGAUGUGUCUACGAAGAACAAGGAGCAGAAAGAUGCACAGACUCAUGACAAAAGUGAGACGGAGCCCAACGUGCCUUCCAACAAAUAGAUGUGACAACACUUGGUGCUGACCAAGGGAAUGAUGUGGCAUCCGCUGGCCCAACCGUGGUGCCUGAAGACGAAAAAUGUGUCAGGACUCCAGUUCAAGAAACACUGAAAUAAAAUGGUCUCAAACCACG